ACGUACGUGCGUGCUUCUGUUGUUGGAUGAGGAAAGGGAAACGGUGUGGCGAAGUCAGAAAUCUAAAGGGAGGUGUAAUUGCUACUUUAGAAAACACGAAAAAACAACAAAACAUCCUUCGCAUACGGUACGAAGACACCAACUAAGAAAAUCCGUCUAAGUCCAUCGUUUUUAAAGCGGGGGCCGACAUGUCUGAAACAUACGACUUCCUGUUUAAGUUCCUGGUGAUUGGCAGUGCUGGAACAGGGAAAUCUUGCCUCCUGCACCAGUUCAUUGAGACCAAGUUCAAGCAGGACUCCAACCACACCAUCGGGGUUGAGUUUGGUUCCAGGGUGGUCAACGUCGGGGGUAAGACUGUUAAACUACAGAUCUGGGACACAGCUGGACAGGAGCGCUUCAGGUCUGUGACUCGCAGCUACUACCGUGGAGCGGCAGGGGCGCUGCUUGUCUAUGACAUUACAAGCCGGGAGACGUACAACGCCCUGACCAACUGGCUGACAGACGCGCGGACGCUGGCCAGCCCCAACAUCGUCAUCAUCCUGUGCGGGAAUAAGAAGGACCUGGACGCGGACCGAGAGGUCACCUUCCUCGAGGCGUCUCGCUUCGCACAGGAGAACGAGCUGAUGUUCCUGGAGACCAGUGCUCUGACAGGGGAGAACGUGGAGGAGGCCUUCCUCAAAACUGCCCGCACCAUCCUCAACAAGAUGGAGUCAGGUGAGUUGGACCCAGAGCGGAUGGGUUCAGGUAUCCAGUAUGGAGAUUCUUCUCUGAGGCAGCUGAGACAGCCCAGAGGUUCCGCCGCACAGAUCAAGCAGCAGUGUAACUGCUAGGGGCCGGACCCCCACCCUUCAACCCCACACUCACAGGACGCCCCCUAAAGCUCUAGGUGUUUUGGGAUGUGCAGGAUUUCUCCCCCCCUCCCUUCUGCAACCCCUUACAAACUUACAGCAUACCUGGACCAGUCGCCAUGGAGAUGACCUGCAACCCCUGACCAUUGGUAAGAGUCUAUACUUCCUGCCAAGGGAGGUUACCCGGGCUCCUGGGUCCUAGGCUGGGAGACCCUGUGGCGUGAACUGUGCUGGGAACAUAAGACAGUCAAUAUCUGGGAUGACUGUCAGGGUCAGGGGUUGUCCCAUUUUUACCCUUUUGUUGUUUUUAUCAACACACGCUUGCAUGCACGCGCACACACACAGUACACACAUCACCUGUAACUGAAAGUUCAUGAAGGAUGAAUUGCAAAACACACAGUCAACUUCCUCAUUCAUACGCAGCCUGUUCGACUGCACUGUCAGGUUGUUUGACAAGUUCUUGUGUUUUACACAUCACUCACUAUUAUUAUUAUUAUAUUUCUGUUUUUUAUAAGCUGAAUUUAACUUUUGUUUGCACUGAACAGUACUUCUUAUCAAGCCUGCUAUUCACCUUCUGAUAACUAGGCAAACUUAAGUCUCCCAAACCCAAACUUGAUUACUCUGCAACCCCGAAAAGCGCCAUUUACCACCAACACCCAAGCAUGAGCAGGUUGUUGGGUCAGUUGUGAAUGCUUCCUCAAUUAUUGUCCAACCUUUUCCCCUGAUUGUUCUCCUGGCUUCAGUUGUGCACAUGUCACUGAUUCCACCGUUCUAAAUGUUACCACAUGUAACUUGACUUUGGGUAUAAAUGGCAAGGUUUGAUUUAAAUUAAACAAAAACAAUUGUCACUGCUAGCACCUCCCAAAGGGAAAUCGAUUCACUCCUUAAGGUACUCAAAGGCCUGCGGGUCAUGUCCAUAGCACAAGGAUAAGUAAGGUUUCAGUUCAGUCUUCUCUUAUGGUUUUCCAAAGGACCCCAAUGACCACUUGUUUUUCUCCAUUUAUCAGCUGCAUAUCUAAUGUCACUGCUUGCCUUUGCCAUGUAAGGGUUACACUCUGUCUCAAUCUCAGGCUCUAUCGUGCCCUGGGGGUGGGGAGGUUAUCUCUGAGAAUGUAACCCCAUCUCUGCCCUCUUCAUUUUUCUGCUGCUCUGAGUUCACAUGUAAAGUACGGUCACAGGAAGCUAGACUGGUUUCAGUGUCACUAGUGGGAAAUAUUCAGGUUACAGGGCCAGGCUGCAGUCUGUUGCAUUCAACUGCACUUCUUGUUUUUACAUGUCUUACAUUUUGCCUCUUCCACCUAUCAUUUCCUGACUGUCAUAUAGAAUCAGGUUAUGAAAGACAAAAACAUUUAGAAUUUCGGGCCCUUACCUAAUUGCAGGCCCUUAUGCACCCUUACUUAAUUCCUAAGCAAUGCUACUGUUUGGACUCCACUAAGAGCAGUUUAACUGUUACACUGAACCAGCCUUGAAGAUGGCUAUCAAAAUGGCCAGAAGAUGGCUAUCAAAAUGUCGCUGUGACAUCAUCAACCCAAGAAAGACUGGUCCCAUUUUGUGGAAAGAUUUUUUUUAGUCUGCUUUGUUACUUUUCUUUCUUUCUCCUCUGCAAGUGCACUUUUACGUGAGAUUAUUUUGUUUAUAUACUGUAUGUAUAGAAUUGUACAAAUUGUAUUAAUUGAAAUAUAUACUGUAAUAAAAAAAAUAGCAAUUGGAGAGGUAAUCAUUCCUUACUAAAGAACAACUGAGAUUUUGUCCUUUCUCUCCCGAUAUCGACUGACCCAAGCCUCCUGUUCUAAUCUCCCUCUCCAGGGUUGUGGUAAAAUGACUCUCUGUCAAUUCUUUUUGACUCGUUGUUUGUAGCUUACUGCUGCUGUUUUGAAGGGGCGAUGUAACACUUGGCAAUUACUGUGACUUCCUGAGCCCCUGUGUGUGUGCAGACCGACGGCUAUCAGUCAGUCAUGUCUCACGACGGUAGUGAUGAUGCACUCCAUGCUGCUUGACCCCUAAGACCAUUGAACCUUGGCCUCAAUAAUGUCUUGUGUAUUCUAUUGAAUGCACCGUAAGCACUUAAUCACAUGGCCAUUAGCUUAUGACUAACUUCCUUCAGUAUGUCAUUUCGAAACGGAGCAGAGACUCAGUUGUUGCUUAGUAACCAAUGUGAGGGAAUCAUUUUAGGAGCUGCUGUACAUCUGAAUAAUCUGCUGUAAAUACACUUUCAGUUUGUGUAUUGGAUUGUUUUUGGGAGGGAAGGGUUGCUUGUUCGUUUUUAAGAUGUAUUCUAAAUAAAUAUAGCUUUUUAACUCGG